AUGGCCGACGAAAAGCCUCCCAAUACCAAUACCUCUCACGAGCCGGUGGACAAGUCCAGCGAUGUCGAAGUCGCUGGUGGCGAUGAUGCCGUGAUCGAUUCUCGUGACGCCGAUGUCGCCGCCGUCUUCCUGGCCAAACUGGACCGGUCCAUCAUCGACAACCCCGUCAGUCACCAAGAGGCCCGCAAGGUGCUCUGGAAAAUCGACCUCAUCAUCCUCCCUCUCAUGGCGGCCACCAUCAUUCUGGCCGCCGUCGACAAGGUCAUCAUUUCCAAUGCCGCCAUCUACGGCAUGCUCGAGGACGCCCACCUCACCAGCGGCGAGUAUUCGUGGACGGGCUCCAUCUUCUACUUUGGCUAUCUCGCCUUCGAGUACCCGAGCGCCAUAUUGAUACAAAAGUUCCCCGUGGGGAAGUUGCUGGCGGGUGCGUGUUUCGCCUGGGCGGUCAUCAUGAUGUGCAUGGCCGCCACCCACAACUUUGGUGGUCUCGCCGCCUGCCGCUUCAUCAUGGGCAUGUGCGAGGCCAUGCUGUUCCCCAUCAUCAGCAUCGUGACCGUCAUGUGGUGGACGAACAAGGAGCAGCCGAUUCGAGUUGCUUUCUGGUUCAACCAAGGCUCCUCCAUCUUUUCCGGCAUCGUCAGCUACGGCAUCGGACACACCCACACCAGCAUCGCACCCUGGCGCCUGCUCUUCCUCGUCCUGGGAGGCUUUUCGAUGCUGUGGGCCGUGGUGAUUUGGUUCUUCUUCCCCGAUUCCCCCGUGACCUGCAACUGGUUGAGCGACCGGGAAAAGUUCAUCAGCCUGGUCCGCGUCAAGGACAACAAGACGGGGAUCGAGGACCGAAAGAUCAAGUGGUACCAAGUACGAGAGUGCCUCGCCGACCCCAAGACGUGGGCGCUCGCCGUUUUCGCCGUGGCUCAGAACAUCCCCAACGGCGGCCUGAUCACCUUCGCGGCCAUCAUCGUCUCUGGCCUGGGCUACUCGAGACUGAACACCACUCUGCUCGGGAUCCCGACGGGUGUCCUCGCCACCGUGUGGCAGCUGAUCCUCGCCUUCAUCUGCGCCAAGGUCGAGAACAUUCGCUGCCUCACCAUCGCGGUCAGCAACAUCGUCCCCAUGAUCUGCGCGAUCUUGAUGUGGAAGCUGCCUCGGUCGAACCAGCACGGUCUUCUGGCCAGCUAUUACUGCUUCUACACAUACUGGGCGCCGUACGUCCUGUCGACCUCCCUUCCCAUGGCCAAUACUUCCGGCCACUCGAAGAAGGUCACGAUGAAUGCAAUCUUCUUCCUAAGCUACUGCCUGGGCAACAUUCUAGGCCCCCAGGUCUUUCGUUCGAGCGAUGCUCCGGCGUACUCGCACGGGUACAUUGGACUACUCUGCUGCAUCGUCGUGGCCAUCGUGUCCAUAGGAGUCUACGCUCUACUCUGCAUCUCGGAGAACAGGCGUAGAGCUUCGCAGGUGGAGCAGAGUGAGCAAGUGGCAGACGGCACGGAUGGAAAUAUGGUCGCUGCCUUCCAGGACUUGACUGACAAGGAAAAGAAGACGUUUGUCUACAUCUACUGAUGGGCAUGGCUUUCAGCUAGCGACAGCCGGAGAGAGAAGCUACGUUUUG